AUGGCCCUUCCUCCAGAGCAGCUCGGCUGUGAGCCCACGGAGUCAGCAGAAGGAUUCAGAUUUCGGGAGCCACCAGAGCACACCUACAUCGCUGCAGUCGAGAUCCAUGUGGGAGCUGCUUUGAUCCUCCCUCAGAAAUCACUCAUUGUCAUCAUCUUCUCCAGUGAGCUCCCACAUGAAGGGCUGAACGCCAUCCGCAUCGCUAAUCUGUAUUACAUCUUAAUAGCCUAACUCUGUGUUUCUGUCUCCACAGCAAACAUCUUGACAGUCAUCAUCCUUUCGCAGCUCGUGGCUCGCAGGCAGAAGUCCUCCUAUAACUAUCUUCUAGCACUAGCUGCUGCCGACAUCCUGGUUCUCUUCUUCAUCGUCUUUGUUGACUUCCUCAUGGAAGACUUCAUCUUAAAUAAGCAGAUGCCUCAGGUACUGGACAAAGUAAUUGAAGUCUUGGAAUUUUCUUCCAUCCACACCUCCAUUUGGAUUACGGUUCCACUAACAAUCGAUAGGUAUAUAGCUGUGUGUCAUCCGCUGAAGUAUCACACAGUCUCCUACCCUGCUCGUACUCGAAAAGUCAUUGUAAGUGUCUAUAUCACCUGCUUUUUGACCAGCAUCCCCUACUACUGGUGGCCCAACAUUUGGAUCGAAGACUACAUAAGCACAUCAAUGCAUCACGUCCUCAUCUGGAUCCACUGCUUUACCGUUUACUUAGUGCCCUGCUCCAUCUUCUUCAUCCUGAAUUCCAUCAUUGUGUACAAGCUGCGACGAAAGAGCAAUUUCCGACUGCGAGGAUACUCCACAGGGAAAACAACAGCCAUUUUGUUUACUAUAACUUCUAUUUUUGCCAUUCUUUGGGCACCAAGAAUAAUCAUGAUACUGUAUCACCUCUACGUGUCGCCUAUAAACAACAGCUGGGUGGUACAUAUUGUGUCGGACAUCGCCAAUAUGCUAGCACUGCUGAACACUGCCAUUAAUUUCUUCCUCUACUGUUUUAUUAGCAAAAGAUUUCGUACAAUGGCAGCUGCCAUGCUGAAAGCCUUCUUUAAGUGUUAGAAGCAACCUGUGCAAUUCUAUACAAACCAUAACUUUUCCAUAACAAGCAGCCCUUGGAUUUCUCCGGCCAACUCUCACUGCAUCAAAAUGCUGGUUUACCAGUAUGAUAAGAAUGGAAAGCCUAUAAAGAUAUCACCAUGA